AUGGACAACCACGCGUGGCAGCCGGGCGGUCUACCGGGCGCACCGCUGAGCGUGGCCGCCCACAUGCCGCCGCAGACCGCACAGGGGGGCAUCCACGCGGCGGAGGACUAUCUGGACAUGGACGCCGCCCUGCACAACUACCUGACCUCCAUCUGGGACUCCCCAACACCAACCGGAACUGGCUUCACGGGAGACAAUGCUAACAGCGCGGCGACGCCGCUGGCGAGCCCCGGCACCGAAGCCCCUGCGAAGAUGUCCGCGCCUGGAAUCGGGCAUGCCGUGCAGAGCGGUGGGGAAACACAAGUUGCUGGGUUGGGCGGAUUGAAUGCGAGUGGCCAAACGAGAGGGCCAGCAGGGGGGCAAGCGGGGGCCCAUUUUGCAUUCACGUUCCAAGCUGAGUCGGGCAGCGACGGCAAGCGGGAUGCGGGCGAGAGGGCGGCGCAGGGGGGCGGGAGCGGUGGCGAGAUGACGAGCAAGUCGUCGGAGAGCGGGACGAACGGGACGGCGGAGGGGCGGCAGAAGAAGCGGCGGGGGGGCGGGGAGGCGGAGGCGCCCGCGGGCAAGAAGGAGCUGACGCAGGAGAAGAACAGGAUUGCGCAGAAGCAGUUCAGGGAGAGGCAGAAGGUGAAAAUGAACGGGCUGCAAAGGCAAAUUGAAGAGCUGCAGGCCUCACUGGAAAGUAUGCAGCAGGCAAAUUCUGCACUGCAGAGUCAAAAUGGCAUCCUCCACAAGGUCCUUGCAAUGCGGGAUGAGCGAAUCAAGAUGCUGCAGGAGGCUGCAAAGUACAUUUCGGAAAAUGAUUCCACGGGCAAGCAGGUGUCCGAUGUGGCUGUUACCCUGUCAGAGUUGCACAUCGGCAGUGUGGUGCGGCUGACGGCUGAGAAGCUGAAGACGAUGCAGGCUGAAGAGAUAAAGCAGUACUGGAUGGAGUAUGUGACUGAAAUCUCAGCUGUGCUAGUCGAUGCUAAUACCAACCCUCAAGCGGAGGAGCGUGUAGGGAAGCUUGUCAACGAGCUGUUUAUGCUCAUGAUGCGCUUUGCUGCACUCAAUCCUGUGCUGAUGAUGUGGUCCAAGCAGUCCUACAGCUCUGAUGAUGAGGAAGUCAGGAAAUGGCUGGCUGUCGUCCCCCAUUUGGGUCUUUCCAAGGACCAGAUUGCAGAAAUCGUUGCCAUCCGAUCCAUGCUUUUGGAUAAGUUGAAACGGGUGCUCGAUGAGCGUAGUGUGCUGACUGCUGCCAUUCAGCCUUCUCUUGCCAGCUCAAUGGCCUGUGAGAAGCUGCAUUUAGAGUACAUCAAGACGAAUGAGGCUGUCAUCCAACUGAAGGAGAACCUGCGAUCUGAGCACACUGCUCUUCUUGACUUUGUCAGUGCCAUGUUGCGGAAGAUUCUGACGCCCAUCCAAGUCGCAAGGUUGAUGGUCCAAUCCUACCCCACCAAGCCGGAUAUAUUGGCUGUGGCAUCAGCGGUGCAGCAAUGGCAGAAUUGA